AUGUCUCUUGAAAAUAAGUCACACAAACUACUCUCUAACUUUUCAACUAGCAUGCCCUCAACUGAAACUUCUAUGAACUUUUCGCUUUCAGGAAAGUCGUUACCUAUAUUCGCUUCAGGCUGCUCACCAAAUA